UGCGGAGAGCCAGUUGAGCGAGCCGUGUCACAGCUGCCAGUCCACCGCCACGGUAGUGUGUAUACACGCGGUCAGAAGUGAAACAGGGUUUUCUAGACUGUAAGUCUAUAGGCCCUGAAGAUUAAUCACUCAAGACCUCCACUGUAAUAUAGCAGUGUUGAUAAUAAUUCUGUGAUAUUAUUCUGUGAUCUUCAUGAUGGCAUCAGUAACAGAGGAGUGCCUGGUGGUGGCACCCCAGCAGCCACAGGUGCCUGAGGUCGCCGACACAGGCUCCACCGUCACCAUCAACACAGACGCUGUCGUUGCUUCUUCAGACGCCUUCGUUGUGUCCCCCGACGGUGUCAUAUUUAGCAUUAAGAAGGAGAUAGAAGUUGUUGACAGCAUCAAGCCAGGAGGGAACCGCAGUGGCCAUCUGCCGGUGCAGGUGUCCCUCCCACCGGAAUUGGUCGCCAAGCUGGGGCGGCAAGAAUCAAGUGACAGUGUGGGCAGCAUGGAGGAGGAGGGUAUUCAGGCAGACUCUGCCCCUGAUGGCCCGGACGCUGAGGGUCAGGACACUCAGGAUGGGUCUGAGCUGGAGCCUCGGUCAGAGAGGUCGUCGAGCGUUGUGUCUGACGGCAGUGAGGAGGGUGGCAGGGACUCUGGUAUCGAGGCUGAGCGAGAGCCGGACAUGGUGGUGCCCGACCAAGAUCUCAUGACCCGCAUCGUCGCACAGGUCGAGUUCUACUUCAGUGACGCCAACGUGGCCAAGGACAAGUUCCUCCUCAAGCACAUCCGUCGCAACAAGGAGGGUUAUGUGUCCCUCAAGCUGGUGUCGUCCUUCAAGAAAGUGAAGCAGCUGACCAAGGACUGGCGGGUGGUGGCCCAUUCCCUCAGCAAGUGUUCCUCCAAGAUCCAGAUCAACGACCUGGGCACCAAGAUCAGGCGUGUGGAGCCUCUGCCGGACCUAGAGGAGGUGCCCAUCACCUGCGCCGUCCUAGUGCUUAGUCUCCCCCUCGAGAAGCCCAACAUCCAGUCCGUCUCGGAGCUGUUCUCUUCAUGUGGGGAGAUCGCCUUCAUCCGGGUGGUGCGCACAGGCAGCGCCAUCCCACAGGACCUCAAGUCCCUGGCCGUCAAACACCCCGAACUCACGGACACCAACUGUGCCUGGGUCGAGUUCGAGACACCAGAAGCCGCCAAAGCCGCCACCGAGAUGUCCAACGAGGACGGCAUGAAGGUGGUGCCCAUCCUCCCCGAGGCACAGAAGAAGCAAGAGAAGACCCAGCAACAGAAGGGCUCACAGCCCAACAGUCGUAAGAACAGCGUGUCCAACAUCCAGCAGCAGAGGGGCCCAGCAAGCCGCAAGAACAGCACCGCCGGCGGCAAGGCUCGCAAGGACAGCACUAGCGGCCUCAGCAGUGAAGGGGAGUACAGUUACCCACAGCCACGCAUCCCUCGCCGCAAAUGCCUCUCUCUUCCACAGACUCAGUCUCCCAAUCUGAGGGAGCUGUCAGCGGUGGUUGAGGCCCGCAGGAAUCGCCCCAAGAGCAAGUCCUGUACAGAGUUCCAGCUGGGGUCGCCGCCGUCCUCCUCCUCGUGGGUCCAGCGACACCUCCUGGCGGCGGCAGCUGCUUCAGCUGCCUCAGCGGCCUCCCCCGUGGUGGGCUCCCGGCCCCCAUUCAACCGCCCUGCCCGGAUCUCGCAAGGAUCGCUACCCCUCCCCAACGGCGUCGUCAGAUUCCCCAAGGGUCCCGACGGUUCCAGAGGUUUUAAAUCUGAGGUUCGACGUCGCACCAGCAAUGCCGCCGAGGACAGCAACAGUUAAUGUGUUGUUCCUGGUGUGACCCUCACAGUGCACGUGUCCCGCACUUCUCACUCACUCUCCUGCGGACACGGACACUGCCAAGCCUUCGUCGUAAACAGUGCAUGCCUUCGAACUAGGGCAUAUAAUGUCUUAAUUAUCCCUCAAUUACGUGCCUAUAGUGUGAUUAAGAGGGUGUACUGGAGCACCCAGGUGUGGCUGCGGCGGAACGACCUCCUCCUCCCUCACGACCACCGCGCCAGCCGGGAGGUGCUCGGGUAGCGAGGCUUGUCUUAAUUAAUUGUGCAUAUUGUACAGCGCGGUGUUGGGACCUGGUGACGGUCAACAUUAUCUUCACUCCUACUUUAACAUUAACUUAUUUUUAUCACUCAGAUUAGUUUUGUAUAUAAAUACUUUUACUAUUUAUACGAAUCUAUGUACAUAUUGUCUUUUAUCAUUAUUUAUUUAUACUACUAUUCUUAAGACCAAAAUAGAACAAUUUUUGUAGAA